AUGUCGACCCAGAUUUUGUCGAGGACACGGGAUGUGUUGAGGAAAGCAAAAACAAACUUACAGGAGAACGAGCUCAGGAUUUCCUCUCUUCGCCAUGCCUCUUUCUCCCCCUCCUCCCCUUUCUCCCCCUCCUCCUCCUUCUCUUUCACUCCCUCCUCCUCCUCCUCACACCCCUGGCCUGGUAAAGGUGAGAACACAGGAGGCUUCUGUGAGCUCGCCUACUCUCCUGGUUGGAGUAUCAUGAGGUCUUCAUCCUCCUCCUCCUCCUCCUCCUCCUCCUCUUCUGUCCUAGGACCUGCUCAGCACCAGCGUCCCCUGCAGUCAGCCUUCCUGUAGUGCACCAACCCCAAGUUCCUCAUAGUCAUCUCACUGUUUUAACAGAAAAUGCUGGAAAUGCUGGCUCUCUUACUGGCUGAGAAACAUUUCAGUUGAGUUGCAUCUGUUUGGGUGUUAAUGAAUGUUUGUGUUGUUUUGAAUAUUUCUGCCGGUUCAUGAUGGUUUAUGGAUGUGAAUGAUUGUAAUUGAUUAUUAUUGGUAUAAUGUAUGUAGGUUCAGAGGGCUUUUGUUGAGGCCAUCAACUGAAUUGUUUUUCUCAAUUAUAAGAGACCAGUGGGAGUUUGGCUGAAGUUGGUUUAUGAUUAAGAGCUUCUGAUUAAGCCUUCAUUCCCAUUUUCCCCAAAUUUGACAAAUAUGAAUACAGAUUAAAACUCAAAGACAGUUUAGUCAAGGUACUACAUGAUGUUUUAAAUGAUCAUGUGGUAGAAGCACACAAGAAAGGGUUAAAUUUUGUUUUUCCUGAUCCAAAUGCAAUAUCUAGUCUGUGGGCCUAUCCCAGUUCCCCCCUCGGCCAUACCACUUGUGCUGCUCGUAGGGCAGGGUGUCCUGUUUCUUUUUGGGGAAUCGGGGUAGUGGUCAGUAGCAGGUGGCGCUUGAAAAGUGGCUGGAUACAGGAUGCAGGCCCCAAACAGAGGAAAAUUCCUGGAAUACUUUGCAAACAGCAGCAGUCUAAAUGUAAAAAAAAAAAAAACAUUUUCAUCAGUAUUAAGUAACCAAUGCUAUGUCAAAUGUUUAUCAAUUACUUUUAGCUAACUAAUGCUAUUCAGGUGUUUAUCAUUUGCUUUCAGCUAUUUGUUUCAACUAUUUGUUCUUAAGUGUUAGCUAACUAAUGCUAUUUUAACAGUUUGUGUUAGUUUUAGCUGAUUGUUUCAACAGAUUAUUUAUCAGUUUUUGCUAAGUAAUGCUAUUUCAAUUGCUUAUCGGUUACUUUUAGCUAACUAAUACUAUUAUAAGUAAAUUAUAACUAUUUAUCACUCUUCAUCACUUUCAGCUAUCUCUUCCAACCAAUUAUUCAGCUGUUUAUCAAUUACUUUUAGCUAACUGUUUGUCUAUGUUAGCUAACGACUGCUAUUUUAAUUGUUUCACUUACUUUUAGAUAACUGUUUCAACUGUUUAUUCAUCAGUGUUAGCUAACUAAUGCUAUUUUAACUGUUUCAGUUACUACUACUAGUUACUUUUAGCUAACUGCUAACUUACAUAUACGUCAUUGCGUCAUUACUAAUGGCAUAACGAAUGGCAUCCCAUUUCCUAGGUUAAGGUUAAGGUUAAGCCC